AUGGCUGGUGGCAUCUUAAAACUCCAGACUCUAGUAAUAUUUGCUAGCUCCAAAAAUGCCUUAAGGAACUUGCAAAAUUUUCGAGAUUUUCCCCAAGAUAAAAUCAUCAUUACCCAGCAGCAACAAUGGCAUCUGAGAGAGCUAUUUAGUGGUAAUAUUUUAAGUAUAGUCUUCCUAGAAGAUCAAGCUCCCAAUAAACAGCUCUUGAACAUUUUAAAACACUCUUUAGACAGAUGGGAGUUGAAAAAAAUGCUGAUCAUAACCGAAAGCUCCAGAUUAAAACCCCAGCAAAAAUGGCUGGAAUUAUUUCAAUGGCUGCAUGCAGAAGGCUUUUGGAAUAGUUUAAUUAUGAAUGCUGUUGGAAAUACUCUGGCUAUGGAUCACUUUUCCCUACAAUUACUAACAAAUACUUUAACUGUUGAACAGUUUUUCCAUUUAACCACCAAUUGGCUGGAUUUAAAAGGCUAUCAGGUUCAUUUCUCAAUGGCCAAUAAUCCCCCAAGGGCUUUGAUUUACUACGAUCAUGAAAAUCAACCAAAACUGAAGGGCUACUAUGGCUCCUUGAUAUAUCUCUUUGCUGAGGUUUACAAUGCCUCGCUGGUGCCUCAUCGGGUAUCGGAUUUGGAUUAUUACAGUGAGUUGGAAUGCUUGAAAUAUGUGAAGCAAAAUGUGGUGGAUUUAUGUGGCGAUGGCAUGGUCAUGAGUCCCCAUUAUGUGGUUACCAAUCCCGAGGAAAUUGCCAGCAGUUAUUUAGUGGUGCCCUAUGACAAACCUUUGCCCCGAUUUUUGUAUUUCCUCAAGCCUUUUCAAGGCUCUCUAUGGUGCUUAAUACUAUUCACUUUUAUUUACAACAUUGCAACUUUAGCCUUCAUACAUCGAGUUCAGCAUGGAAGCUGGCUAUUUUCCUUUCAACUUCAAUAUGCUGUCUUAUCUUUUAUACAUCUUCCUUUCGAGUUGAAGAAGAUAAAAGGAUCUUUACGCCGCUAUUUGGAAAUUUUGUUGAUUUUCAAAGGUUUUGUGGUCAGCAAUUGGUAUUUAUCUCUGCUGGCCAGUCUUCUAUACACACGUCUAUAUUCCCAUGAUAUAAAUUCAUUGCAGGAUUUACAAUGUGGGUGA